AGAGAGAGAAAGAGAGACACAGAGAGAGAGAGAGAGAGAGGGGGAGGGGAUGGAGAUGCGGAACAGUGUGGCGAUGGACAACUCAUCAAUGGCGCAGCAGCAAACACCUGCAGCUUCAUCGAAGCAAGCUAAGGCUUCGCCCAACUCUGUUGAUACUAAUUCCGUCACCCAGAGGCUUCAGAAGGAAUUGAUGUCUCUCAUGAUGAGUGGAGGAGAUCUUGGAGUAUCAGCCUUCCCUGAGGGUGAGAGCAUCUUUUCUUGGAUUGGCACUAUUGAGGGUGGCAAAGGAACAAUAUAUGAGGGUUUAUCGUAUAAGCUUUCCUUGCACUUUCCCCUGGACUACCCUUUUAAGCCUCCCCAGGUUAAAUUUGAGACCAUGUGCUUCCAUCCCAAUGUGGACCAGUAUGGCAACAUUUGUCUUGACAUUCUCCAGGACAAGUGGUCUUCAGCUUAUGAUUGCAGAACCAUUCUUUUGUCCAUUCAAAGCCUAUUGGGAGAACCCAAUAUUGAUAGCCCUCUCAACAGCUAUGCUGCAGCUCUAUGGGGCAACCAGGAAGAUUACAAGAAGAUGGUUCACAGACAGUACAUGGAUGGAGAAGUGUUUGAAAGCUGACCUGUGAGCAUCUCAUAUCUCAGACAGAUAUCAUUUUACACACACUGUCACUGGAUAGAUUAACUUCUCUAAAAAAAACAUUCUUUAAGAAAAAGUAUGUAUAUGGGAAAAGUUUUGAGGUAUAGAUGUGUUUCGUCUAUGAAUUGCAUAUCAAGGUUCCUUUUGGGGUCUGAAUGACCCAGUGAAGCAGCAUUCCUCUACCCCUUCUUCACAUUUUACACUACUUGCAAUUUAUGUAUUGUAUUGUC